GGAGAGGAGAUGAGGAGAGGAAGUAGGGCAGCCUCGCUGCAGGGGAGGGGCGACUGCUGACAGAGAGGGAGGUCGAGUCACAUAGAGACAAACCGAGGGAGAGAGAGAGCUGCUGAAGCUGUGUAGCAUCAGUGGCAGCAAGCUAACAGAGAGACAGACGGAGAGACAGACAGACAGAGACAGGUCUUCAGCCUUUCAAUCAAACAGCAUCAGGAUCAGCAGGUUCUCUAUCUUUCCUCUGCUCUCCUCCUCCUCCUGUUUUCUGCUGUAGGAGAACAUGCAUCCAUAGCCCCCUCUCCUCUUCCUCCUCCUCUUCCUCCUCCUCCUCAGCAUUCGCACAGAAUGCUCGGUGUGUGAUGCGGCGGCUGCAUUGUGGUAGCCAGGACUCUUUGCUAAGUGGCGGCUGUGUGUCGUCCCUGGAGCUCAGGAUGGACCAAUCUGUGAUCAUCAAACCAGUCCACUCUUCCCUGCUGGGACAGGACUACUGCUUCGAGGUAACAACCUCAACAGGCACCAAGUGUUUCUCGUGCCGCUCGGCAGCAGAAAGAGAUAAAUGGAUGGAGAACCUACGCCGAGCUGUCCACCCAAACAAAGACAACAGCAGAAGGGUGGAAAAUGUCCUGACAGUGUGGGUCAUUGAGGCCAAAGACCUGCCCGCAAAGAAAAGGUACUUCUGUGAACUGUGUCUCGAUGACAGUCUUUAUGCUCGGACGUCGUGUAAACUGAAGACCGACAACAUAUUUUGGGGUGAGCGUUUUGACUUCAGCAGUUUGCCAUCCAUCAGCGCAGUCACCCUCCACCUCUACAAAGACACUGACAGGAAGAGGAAGAAGGACAAGAGCAGCUAUGUCGGGUUGGUUAACAUCCCUGUUGCCACGGUGACUGGCAGACAGCUGGUAGAGAAGUGGCACUCAGUGAGCACGCCCAGUACAAUUCGUGGUAAGUCCUCUGUGCCGACGGUGCGGAUCAAAGCUCGGUAUCAGAGUAUUGUCAUCCUGCCGAUGGAGCAGUACAAAGAGUUUGCAGAGUACAUUAGCUCCAACUACCUGCUGCUGUGUAACACUCUGGAAGCCUCCAUCAGCCUGAGAGCCAAAGAAGAGCUGGGUGCUGCGCUUGUCCACAUCCUGCACAGCACUGGCAAGGCCAAAGACUUCCUGACCGACCUGAUGAUGUCAGAAGUGGAUCGUUGCCGUGACAACGAUCAGCUGAUCUUCCGAGAGAACACGCUGGCUACAAAAAGCAUUGAGGAAUACCUGAAGUUGAUUGGACAGAAGUACCUGCAGGAUGCCCUCGGUGAAUUCAUCAAAGCUCUGUACGAGUCCGAUGAGAACUGUGAGGUUGAUCCAUCUCGCUGUUCAGCCUCUGACCUUGCAGAGCAUCAGGCCAACCUGCGGAUGUGCUGCGAACUUGCCUUCUGCAAGAUCCUUGACUCGUACAGGGUCUUCCCCCGAGAGCUGAAGGAGGUGUUUGCAUCAUGGCGACAGGAAUGCGGUAGUCGGGGGAGACCAGACAUCAGCGAGCGUCUCAUCAGCGCCUCACUGUUCCUGCGCUUCUUGUGUCCAGCUGUGAUGUCACCGUCACUGUUUGACCUGAUGCAGGAAUACCCUGAUGAGCGCACAGCAAGAACAUUAACCCUGAUUGCCAAAGUCAUCCAGAACCUUGCCAACUUCAGCAAGUUUGGUACUAAGGAGGAGUACAUGCUGUUUAUGAAUGACUUUGUGGAGCGGCAGUGGAGCAGCAUGCAGCGUUUCCUGCAGGAGAUUUCAAACCCAGAUGGACUGAACCACACCGCUGGCUUCGACGGAUACAUUGACCUUGGUAGAGAGCUAUCCAGUCUGCACACCUUGCUGACUGAGCUUGACCAGUCCUGCCUGUCGAAGCUGGGUCCUCUUCCUAGGAUCCUCAGGGACGUGUCGAUGGCUCUCGCUAACCCGGGGGGUGUGACUAAUCAUGGGAGCGUGGCUGUUUCCUCUCCUGAGCCUCAGCGGGUGGUGUCUCCUCCCCCUAUGUUGCCACCUCCUCUGUCCCCACCCCUGUCUCCUCCUCUGGCCACCUGUAGUCCUUCGGUGGGCCUGCAGGGCGGUGUCGGACUGGAUGGAGGUUUGGUAGAUUUCACCAGACUUCCCUCUCCGACUCCUGAAAACAAAGAUUUGUUCUUUGUCACCAAAGGAUCCAGUCUACAGCCAGCAUCAGGCCUGCAGGGCUCUCCUGCUCCAAGCUCCUCCUACUCAGAGCCAAAUGAGAAUGAAGCAGGAUGUGAAACGACCAAUGGGGGCCGAAGGGAGGGGCCGGAGCUGACCAGUGAGAGCCGCAGUCUGUCUCUUGUCGACUUGCAGGACUGCUCCCCUAGUGAUGGCCUCGAUGACGGUCUUUGGCAGCGCAAAACUGGGCUUCUUCCCCUCUCCUUCCAGAACCCGGUGUAUCACAUGACCACCACAUCUCCACGGCAACUACAGCAGGCAGACGCCACGCCCUCAGACUGCUCAGUGGGUUCGCAGGGAAAUGACGACAGGAGCGCUGUGGCAACCAAACCAGCAUUUCUUACCCAGAUACCUGUGGGGCUGGGAGGGGGAGAGAGGGGGGAGAGGAUGUCGGCCAUGUCGAGCAGCAGCAGUGGAGAGGAAUACUCCAGACGAGCUCUGUCCCUCACCGAGACUCUCACAAGUAGCUCUGCCCUCCCUCGUCAGAACUCCUCAGGUCCUCAACGACGCAUUGAUCAGCCUCCUCCCCCAAACUCAGCUCCCCCGGGUCCUCCGCGUGGCCGGACACCUCCCAGCAUACUCGGUGGUGGUGGUGGGGGCACUGCCUACCCCCCUCGCCCUGCCUCUGGCAGCAUGAUGUCAUCAAGCCCUGAUUGGCCAAGCAGCAACCAGUCGCGGCUCAGACAGACAUCAUCAUCAUCUAAAGGAGACAGCCCUGAGAAACAGCGACCUGCUGCCAAGGCGCCCUCCCCCUGUGCCUUGGACCGGACCGCCGCCUGGCUGCUCAACAUGAACUCCGCCUCCUCCUACGGUGAGACGGAAGAAGACCGCCACGAUGACACUCUCAUCGACAAGUACCAGCAGGAGAUUGCAUUGCUACAGGAGAAGCUGCGAGUUGCAGCAUUGCGUCAGGAGGAGUGUGAAGCUCGUCUCAUGGUCCAGGAUCAGCAGAACCAACGAAUGCUGCAGGAGUAUCAGGCUCGGUUGGAGGACACAGAGAGCAGACUGAGGAGGCUGCAGGAUGACAAAGACCUCCAGAUGAACAGCAUCAUCAGCAGGUUGAUGGCAGUGGAGGAAGAGCUGAAGAAGGAUCACUCUGACAUGCAGGCUGUGGUCGACUCCAAACAGAAGAUCAUAGAGGCUCAGGAGAAGAGGAUAGCGAGUCUUGACGCGGCAAACACUCGCCUGAUGGCAGCACUGACUCAGCUCAAGGAGCGAUAUGCUGUGACAUCACAGAGGAAUGGCCUGUCUCCUAGCAACACAUCGUCUCUGCAGAUCACCGAGAACGGGGAGUUUCGCAACUCUGGCAACUGCUAAUAAUAUGCUGCUGAGCUUUGAUUGGCUUUGACUGCAGGGAGAGGACAAGGCUUAUCUGCACGAUGUGAGAGGAGGUGUGGCUAACUCAUAAACCCCGCCAUUUUUUAAAGUUUGACCACUGAGUGUAGUAGUUAUCACAGAAGUGACAGAAAGGUGGCACCUCCCCACAGGGACAGAGCCGAAGGGUACCCUUCAGUUCCUGUUUUUGUUUUGCAUGUUUCCUCUUUAAACAUCCUACACACUUUGACAUCAUAUCCUGUUUUUCUUUGAAACCACCUACUCAGAGCCAGAAACUUCUACCAAUCAAACUGGGUGUCAUGUUACUGCUCUACACCACCUGGAACAGCUUCAUCUGUCCUAUUGGAACAACCCUGGCUGUAUAUGGCUCCGUUGCUUAGAUGUUUUUGUUGAGAUCAUACAGCUGUGUCUGAUGGAGCCCAGAUAUUCACCUAUUUAGCCUCUUUAUCAUUAGACUGUGAUUUAAAGGAACAGUCCACCGCUUCUAUCUCUGUGUACAGAUACAGGUCCUGGUUAACCUAGCUUAGUACAAAGACAAAGCAGGUGAAGAUGUUAGCCUAGCUACACCUACACAGAGCAAACCUAACUGGGACUCUACUGAGAUAUGACAUGCUGUUGAUUAGUGACCCUGAGGUGUUGGCUGCUCUGGGCUUCCGUAGAACUGAGAAUUUAAUCUGUGGAUCCUCCAGACAGUUAGAAGUUAGUUUGUGUUGUUUCAGAGAAUUCUACAGAUUUUAAUGUAAACACCAGAUUAUAUUGUACAACAGUAAAAACUCUAAAUUGUGAUGAAUAGUUUGUGAACACAUGUCUGCUGUCCCGUACAGACUGACUCUACCGUCUUCUCUGCUGUGUUCACUGUGGCCUCUGUCUCUGUUCUUCUGUAUUGAUGAGAAACCUUUUGUUCCUCUUACUGUUAUUUAUCAACACCAGUAUUUAUAAAGAGAGAUGCUCCAAUAAACUAUUACACU